UACAAUAUUAUCAACUGAGAAAUGGCCAGGAAGCUGAUAGUAAUUAUAUUCAGUAUCCUCGGUCACCUUUGGCAAGUAAAUGGGAUAAAUAAAUAUAAUGACUAUACCUUCAUACAAAUCACGCCAUAUGACAACAAGCAGCUGAAGACCUUAAUGACACUCACCGAUUCAGAUGACGUGGACAUAAUGAAACAUAGCCACGGUUUGAACGACACUACUGAUGUGCUUGUGUCGCCAAAAGAUCGGAUGAAGGUAGAAAAGUUUGCCAAGUUGAGAGGGAUGGGUGUUAAACUUGUAGACCAUUAUGGCAGAUAUUUCGAUAAGGAGGUGGCACUGAUAAUAAAACAUGACCAGUACCGGUCAUUACAAUAUAAUUCCUACCAAGAUAUAUCAAAGCACUUAAAAACUCUAUUAAAAGAAAAUCGCCGCUAUGUGAAACUGCAGGAUCUUGGUACGAGUUACGAAGGUCGAGUCAUGACCCUGAUCAAGAUCUCCGCUAACCACGGAGCCAGGAAUCCUAUCAUCUUUCUAGAUGCAGGUGCCCAUGCACGUGAGUGGGCGGCCCCUGCAUUUGCGAUGUACAUAAUCGACCAGCUGGUAAUGACGUUAAAUAAAAGUGAAACGGAAGAUCUGCUCGGCGUGGACUGGUACAUACUGCCCGUGGUCAACCCUGACGGCUAUGAGUACUCGAGAUCGGACCCUGAUAACCGUAUGUGGAGAAAAACGAGAUCGAAAACAUGGAGAGAGGAAUGCUUCGGGGCAGAUAUCAAUCGAAAUUACGAUUUCAUGUGGGGUUACCGCGGCGCUUCUUUCGAUCCUUGCAACUUCCAAACGUAUGCUGGUGAAAAGGCUUUCUCUGAACGCGAGACGAGACUAGUCCGCAAAGUUAUGAAGGAUAACUCCAAACGUAUCAAGCUGUAUAUGUCUAUACACUCAUACGGGGAAUACUUAAUUCAUCCUUGGGGUUUUACGGGAAGUUAUCUGCCAGAUCAAUGGGAGAAGUUCAAUCGUCUAGCACAAGUGUAUUCUAAGGCUGUAGUCAACGCGGGAGGGCGACCGUUUAGAGUCAUGAGCACUGGGCAAUGGUACCCAGCUUCCGGCGGAAGCGGUAUCCUCGGUCACCUUUGGCAAGUAAAUGGGAUAAAUAAAUAUAAUGACUACACACUCAUACAAAUCACGCCAUAUGACAACAGACAGCUGAAGACUUUGAUGACACUCACCGAUUCAGAUGACGUGGACAUAAUGAAACACAGCCACGGUUUGAACGACACUACUGAUGUGUUGGUGUCGCCAAAAGAUCGGAUGAAGGUAGAAAAGUUUGCCAAGUUGAGAGGGAUGGGCGUUAAAUAUGUAGAUCAUUAUGGCAGAUAUUUUGAUAACGAGGUGGCACUGAUAAGAAAACAUGACCAGUACCAGUCAUUACAAUAUAAUUCUUACCAAGAUAUAUCGAAACACUUAAAAACUCUAUCAAAAGAAAAUCGGCGCUAUGUAAAACUUCAGAACCUCGGAAGGAGCUACGAAGGUCGACUACUAACCCUGAUCAAGAUAUCCGCUAACCAUAGAGCCCGGAACCCAAUCGUAUUUAUAGACGCAGGUGCACAUGCAAGAGAGUGGGCGGCCCCUGCAUUUGCGAUGUACAUAAUCGACCAGCUAGCGAUGGCGGCAAAAAAACCGGCCCACGAAACGCAGUGGCUACACGGCGUGGACUGGUACAUACUGCCCUUGGUCAACCCUGACGGCUAUGAGUACACGAGAUCGGACCCUGACAACCGUAUGUGGAGAAAAUCAAGAUCGAAAACAUGGAGGGAGGAGUGCUUCGGGGCAGAUAUCAAUCGGAAUUACGACUUCAUGUGGGGUUACCGCGGCGCUUCUUUCGAUCCCUGCAACUACCAAACGUAUGCCGGUGAAAAGGCUUUCUCUGAACGCGAGACGAGACUAGUCCGCAAAGUAAUGAAAGCUAACUCCAAACGUAUCAAGCUGUAUAUAUCUAUACACUCAUACGGGGAAUACUUUGUGUAUCCUUGGGGUUUUACGGGAAGUUAUUUGCCAGAUGAAUGGAAGAAGUUCAAUCGUCUAGCACAAGUGUAUUCUACGGCUGUGGUAAAAGCAGGAGGUCGACCGUUUAAGAUCAUGAGCGCUGGGCAGUGGUACCCAGCUGCCGGAGGAAGCGAUGACUACGCUUUUGCGGUCGAAAAGAUCCCAUAUGCAUACACUUUGGAAAUUACUGACGGCUACCAAUUCAACUUUCCAGAGGAUCUCUUACACACAGUUCUGCCACAGUAUUACGAAGGUUUGAAAGUUAUGGCUGAAGAAAUUAAACGAGAAUUUCCCAAAGGCUGA